AUGGCUGCUCAAAUUUCCACCGUCGCAGAGAGCAAGGAGCUCCGGGGGCUGAACCUCAUCGCCGCUCAUUCACACAUUAGAGGUCUUGGAGUCGAUCUCGAUACUUUACAACCGCGUGGGGCAUCGCAAGGGCUUGUGGGCCAGGAGAAGGCUCGCAAGGCCGCUGCAGUUAUUCUACAAAUGGUGAAGGAGGGUAAGAUCGCAGGUCGCGCCGUUCUGAUUGCUGGACCUCCCAGCACAGGAAAGACUGCGAUCGCGAUGGGUAUGGCACAGUCGCUGGGAUCCGAUGUACCUUUCACAAUGCUCGCUUCGUCCGAAAUAUUCUCCAUGGAAAUGUCCAAGACAGAGGCUCUGACACAGGCCUUCCGAAAGUCGAUCGGUGUGCGGAUCAAGGAGGAGAGUGAGAUCAUCGAGGGUGAGGUCGUCGAGAUUCAGAUCGACCGCAGCGUCACAGGUGGCAACAAACAAGGAAAGCUCACGAUCAAGACAACGGAUAUGGAGACGAUUUACGACAUGGGCACAAAAAUGAUUGAUUCGAUGACGAAGGAGCGAGUCAUGGCGGGAGAUGUGAUUUCCAUCGAUAAGUCCUCUGGCAAGAUUACCAAGCUCGGCCGGUCUUACGCUCGUUCGCGUGAUUACGACGCUAUGGGCGCUGAUACCAAGUUUGUCCAAUGUCCGGAGGGAGAGCUUCAGGUUCGCAAGGAGAUUGUUCACACAGUCAGUCUUCACGAGAUUGAUGUGAUCAACUCGCGGUCACAGGGGUUCCUGGCACUGUUCUCAGGUGACACAGGCGAGAUUCGCAGCGAGGUCCGAGACCAGAUCAACACCAAGGUGGCGGAAUGGAAGGAAGAAGGCAAGGCGGAAAUUAUUCCUGGUGUCUUGUUCAUUGACGAAGUCCACAUGCUCGAUAUUGAGUGCUAUUCCUACAUUAAUCGUGCUUUAGAGGCGGAAUUAGCUCCCAUUGUCAUCAUGGCCAGUAACCGCGGCCAUGCGCGCAUUCGAGGAACUACUUACACGUCCCCUCACGGCCUGCCCCUUGACUUCCUCGAUCGUGUUGUCAUUGUUAGCACCCAGCCUUACUCCGGUGAUGAGAUUCGCCAAAUCCUGGCCAUCCGUGCCCAGGAAGAGGAGAUCGACGUCUCUCCAGAUGCCCUGGCUCUCUUGACCAAGAUUGGCCAAGAGUCAAAUCUUCGCUAUGCCAGCAAUAUCAUCACUACUUCUCAUCUGCUGAGUCAGAAGCGCAAGGCUAAGGAGGUCAGCGUGGACGAUGUCCAGCGCAGCUUCCGCUUGUUCUAUGACCCCGCUCGUAGCGUUGAGUAUGUCAAGCAGUACGAGCAGCGAUUCAUUGGAGACCAAGGCACAGUGUCCUUUGCAGCAACUACCAAUGGCGAUGCUAUGGAGAUCUCAUAA